UUCCGAACAGAGAAAAUGGGACUCUACACGAUGGUGAUGGACGCAAUCAUGCACUACACCGGACUUUCACCGGCGGCCUUCGUCACGAUAAUGGCACUCAUGGUGGUGGUCUACAAAGUGGUGUGCGGAAUGUUCGUCGCAGCCGAGGAUUAUGUAGCCGUCAAAAGGGCCAACGAGUACACUGUGCAUGAACCGGUUGAGCUGGGAGAUGUUAUUGAGGAGGAAUUGAGGGCCUAUGAUGGUUCUGACCCUAAUAGGCCCUUGUUGAUGGCCAUCAAAGGACAGAUCUAUGAUGUUUCUCGCUCCAGGUAA